CGCCAUUUUUCUUGUUAUGGUGGGAAGUGAGCAGUCUUCGCAGUUCUGGAAAAAUCUUUAGUCAGAUUCUGGGACUGAACGGCUUUAUUUGUUAAUAACAAACGGCUUAUUCCGGAGGAGCUUCGAAGACAAAGAUACCAACAUGGCGCAGUAUAAAGGAGCAGCCAGCGAGGCGGGCAGAGCCAUGCAGCUGAUGAAGAAACGAGAGAAAGAGAGGGAGCAACUUGAACAGCUCAAACAGAAGAUCGCGGAGGACAACAUGGUCAAGUCCAACAUUGACAAGAAAUUCUCUGCUCACUACGAUGCUGUGGAAGCAGAGCUCAAGUCCAGCACUGUUGGUCUGGUGACCCUGAAUGACAUGAAGGCCAAGCAGGAGGCGCUAGUAAAGGAAAGAGAGAAGCAGCUGGCCAAGAAGGAGCAGUCCAAAGAACUCCAGCUCAAGCUUGAAAAACAGAAGGAGAAAAAGAGAAAGGAGGAACAAAAGAGAAAAAUCGCCAGUUUAUCUUUUAACCCUGAUGAAGAAGAGGAGGAAGAAGAAGAGGAAGAAGAUGAAGAAGAUGAUGAUACUGAUGACGAGGAUGACAAAAAUUAUGAGGAAGAUCUGGACUGUGUUCCAGUUAAGAAGAAAAAACUGGGCAAAAAUCCCGAUGUGGAUACAAGUUUCCUUCCCGAUCGAGACAGAGAGGAGGAGGAAAACCGUCUCAGAGAGGAGCUGAGACAGGAAUGGGAGCUGAAGCAGGAGAAGAUCAAGAACGAGGAGAUUGAAAUCACCUUCAGCUACUGGGACGGCUCUGGCCAUCGGAAAACCGUUAAGAUGAAGAAGGGUAACACCAUCCAGAACUUCCUCCAGAAGGCCCUGGAGGUCCUCAGGAAGGACUUCAGUGAGCUCAGGUCUGCUGGAGUGGAGCAGCUGAUGUACAUCAAGGAAGAUCUUAUAAUUCCACAUCACCACAGUUUUUACGACUUCAUUGUGACCAAAGCCAGAGGGAAGUCUGGCCCUUUGUUCAGCUUUGAUGUCCACGAUGAUAUUCGACUGGUGAACGAUGCCACCGUGGAAAAAGAUGAGUCCCAUGCAGGUAAAGUGGUUCUGAGGAGCUGGUAUGAGAAGAACAAGCACAUCUUUCCUGCAAGUCGCUGGGAGCCGUACGAUCCGGAGAAGAAAUGGGACAAAUACACGAUCCGGUGAUCACCAACAUCUACCUCUGGAGUCUUGUUGCAAUGCCUCCUGUUAUUCGCCAUCAAACCCAUUUCAGUAGCUGAUCAUUAAAUAUUUAACUUUUGUUUUUGUAGAUCUGUUUUUUUUUUUUUUUUUUCCACAUUUACGUAAAUUGCCGCCUGUAAAUAACCAAGUGUUAUCCUGUAAAUGGUUCACAAAUAAAAGAACAAGAUGGAACCUCAGUGCUGAAUAAAAAUGACUUCACCCUGA